CGUGACAAUGCUUUUGUUAUGGCUCUAAUAAGACACCAUACUCAUCACAUGACCAGGACAUCACAUGUUUCGGAUAAGAGGCCGAUACUUAAAACUUAACUUGACGUGUGUAUUUUCGGAAAACAAAAUAACAUGGCUACAGUACACAAUCCGGGUAUUCCAUACGUUGGUCCGAUCCCUGGAGGUUUGCACGAUGGCUUGCAGAUCCACGUGUCCGGCACACCGGAACAGCACCAUAAUGGAUUCUUAAUAUCUCUUCAAGCUGGAGGAAGCAUUGAUCCAAGAAGUGAUUGUGCCUUUGUCUUUAAUCCAAGAUUUACUGAUAAUCAAGUUGUAAGAAACAGCUGUCAAAACAAUUCUUGGGGAGCGGAGGAAAGGCACGGAGGGUUUCCAUUCCGUAAAGGACACCAUUGUGACGUCGUGAUCCACGUUAAACCUCACCACUAUUCCGUGUCGGUGAACGGAGCACAUUUCUGUGACUUCAAUCACAGGCUGCAGAAACAUCGUGUGACCCACAUCACUGUGGAGCAAGGCAUCCGAGUGAACAACAUUCGUUUUGAAUUUCAGAAAAAUUAUAGCGGCAAAAAUGGAAAAAGGAAUAAAUGCCGUGGGCGGCAUGGCGGUCAUGGUGGUGGUAUUGGGGCUGCGCUGGGUCAAUUUGCCGGGGCACUUUUUAAUGAAUUUAGCGGCGGCCAUGAAAGACCACAUCACAAACAUCAUCCACCCCAUCAACAUCCACCACCCCAUGGUGGAGGUAGUGGCUACCCGCCAUCUGGAGGGGCCAGUUAUCCAUACCCCGGGGGCGGCCCAAUAUUCAACCCGCCGGUACCAUUCGUUCAGGGUAUGGGAGGCAUCUAUCCAAACAAGAUGAUCUUCAUCAGCGGAGUGCCACAUCCAAAUCCAAGCAGAUUUACAGUGUACCUUCAGCAGGGAAGUCAGCACGAGCCUCACCAUAUCGGAAUGUGCUUUGAUGCUAGAUUUAAUUACGGCAAUGACCGGAAUGUUGUCGUAAGGAAUCACAAACAAGGGAACUGGGGUCAAGAAGAGAGGCACGUGACCCAUUUCCCAUUCAUGCCAAAUGGAAACUUUGAGAUGAUCAUUUUGAUUGAGCCACAUUGCUACAAGGUGGCGGUGAAUAAUCAGCAUCUACUAGAGUUUAACCAUCGAGUACGUCAGCUGAACCUGAUCGACACUCUUCGCAUUGACGGUGACUUGAGGCUAACCCAGGUUCGAUUCCAGGGCUAAAUGUGACUCGUACCGCAUUCAGUGUCAGAUGCUGGCAAUUUUUAUAAGCGUUUUUGGUGAAUUAAUGUGACACUAUGUGACACUUUUUCAAUCUUAUUUUUCCUUAAAAUUUAUAUUCUAAAAAGAGUGCUUUUAUGUUAUUUUCUUUUUUUCAUUUUAUUUUCAUUUUAGCUUUAACAUUGCGAAUUUGAGUCUUGAUAUACUUUCAUAUAUAAUUAGUACUGAUAAUAGUUUGAGUACUCCAAGAAUUACAUCAAAUUGAUUCAGUAUUUUCUAGGGGAAAAAUCGCAAUAUGUUUAUAAUCUUUCAACAUUUAACAGAACCUACGAUUUCGAAAAUGUGUAAACAGCUAUCACAUACAUGUUGAAGUAAAACUCUUCGGGUAAACAUUUGUACUUAGGUCGGUGACUGCCAAAUAUAUUAUACGUUUGAAUUUGACAAGAUGCUACAGAAAGUAGCCUACACCAGUAUUUUUUCUAUCUUUCAUGGAGUAAAGGAUUCACAAAAGUUUGUGCAAUAAAAGAAUUUUUAUAGUU